AUGUCCGACUUCCCGCCCAAUUUGUCCAUUCGUCCGUUGACGGUGGAAGAUCUCGACCAGUGUGUGGAGCUCGAGAACAAAGGCUUUCCGGAAGACGAGAAGGCAUCGAGAGAGAUGUUGAAGUAUAGAUUGAUUGCGUGUCCCGAGCUAUGUUCCGGGUUGUUUAUCCGUGAAUACGGCUUGAAGUACAAUGCCAUCAACUUGCCAGAGGUUGCGGAGAAGUUGAAGGCCGAAAGUGGAUCGCAGGAGUUCGAGAAGAAGGAAGAUAAAGAGAAGAAGGACAACAAGGGAGAUGACGAUGAAGAAGAAGAGGUAAGCUUACCAGUGAAGCUGUCUGUGGUGAAGGAAACGUUGAUUGGCCACAUUACCGCCACCAAGACGCCCACGCAAAAGUUGACCAAGGCGGCGAUGGAAUUGCCUUCCAAAGAAAACAAGGACGCUGGCCAUGUGGAGUUUGCGCGUAAUAUUGCCAUCCACGGCUUGGUGAUUGACCCAGAGUGGAGAGGUAAGAACUUGGGCACGUUGUUGAUGCACGACUACAUCCAGAAGUUGUCGAACCAGGACUUGGGCAGCAAAGUGAUUCUUGUGGCGCACAAGGAGUUGAUUCCAUUCUACGAGAAGAUUGGGUUUGAGUACCAUGGGGAGAGUAAUAUUAAGCACGGUGCCGAGACGUGGUACGACUUGUCGAUCGACUUGGUUCCUCAGGAAGAGGAGUAG